CAAUGCGUCAGUCACGUUCGGGCUGCCCUGGCGUCAACAUCUCAUGACUGCCAGUCGUCGUCGGGAAGCCGAGUUGUGAACAACCAUAGUACAAAACAUAACGUACAAAUUUUUCCAGCAGUGAGGUGAACGCAUCUUGUUUUUUUUUAAAUAGUGACAGUGCCUUUAUAGUGCAGUGACCAGGAUUAUCAUUGGAAAAUGGAACGCGGUGGUGUUUAAAACAGAGUUCUAAAUUUAAAAAAGCGAAUUCGUGCCCGAUGUAAAUUCGUACAACUGGAUUUUAGAUAACUGAACACAACAACGUUCGGUUAGCUAAAGUCUUACAAAUAAAAAAUAAAAUAACAAAUUGGCAUAUAAAUCUUAUUUAACAAAUAACUUCUCUUUAAAUCAAAUAAAUUCUUCUUUCUGCUUUGGUUUUCUCUUUACAGAUAUUUUGUGCUUUGAUCAGUAAGAAGAUAGAGAUUAGUAUACGGGAACAAGUGAAUAAUUACAAUAAACCGAUAAGUGCCUUAUAAUGUUUAUUUAAGAGGAAACGAAGACAAAAUAUACAAACAAAUCACGGAGACAAAAUGCCAAAAAACUUGUUGCUCUUCAAAAAGAUAAUACCCGAGAUCAAUUUCGCUAAAAGAAAUCUCACAUCGCCUCUUGGUCGAAACAUAUUCAUCAGUUAAAAACUGACGAAUAUAAAAAAAUAAAACAAGCUGAAGAAACAUCGGGGGAGUGCCAUAAAGUUUUUUCAAAAUUCUUAAUGGUGAUAAUAAUAUAACAAAACACAAAAAAACGUUGCCUUAACACCGACUUAGUCGAUAAAACAACAAUACAAAACGUCAAAACGUAUAAAACAUCAAAACACCAAAACGUUCAGUGAUACUAGUGUAAAAAGAGACGCAAUGCGAAUGCAAUUCGCGCGUUUGCAAAAAUACUGGCCGAAAAUAACCUAAAGAAAGCGGUUACGUUGUAAAUUUAAGAAAACUUUUUGAAAGUUUCAAAUUUCGAAUUUCGAAAUGAACAACAGUCAGUUCCACGAGUUGUUCGGGUCUCAGUGGCCGCCCGAUCAGCAUGGGGGCCACUCGUCGGCGUCCACGAUGCUGCAUCAGGCGCAGUCGCCACUGCCUCAAGGCAUGCAGCUGAAGAGAGAGCCCCACACCGAUGUUCAGGGUGUGAUGCAUAACCAGAUGGGCAUGGACAUAACGUCUGGCUCCGUCGCUGACAGCACUUCCCCUCCACCAGGGAGCAGUGAAGGCAUGUUUGGAUCCUCAAUGUCAGGAAUGUUCAUGGAUAAGAAAGCUGCUAAUUCCAUUAGAGCCCAAAUCGAGAUAAUACCGUGCAAGGUGUGCGGGGACAAGUCUUCAGGGGUGCACUAUGGGGUGAUCACGUGCGAGGGAUGUAAGGGGUUCUUCCGGCGGUCACAGAGCACAGUGGUGAACUACCAGUGCCCGCGCAACAAAGCCUGCGUAGUGGACCGGGUCAACAGGAACAGAUGUCAGUACUGCCGGCUGCAGAAGUGCCUCAAGCUUGGAAUGAGCCGUGAUGCGGUGAAAUUCGGUCGCAUGUCGAAGAAACAACGUGAGAAGGUGGAAGAUGAGGUGCGAUAUCAUCGCGCGCAGAUGAGAGCACAGACAGAUGCCGCUCCGGACUCGGUAUAUGAUGCCCAACAGCAGACGCCCAGCUCCAGUGACCAGUUCCAUGGUCAUUAUAAUGGCUACACAGGCUACCCUUCGCCUCUCUCUUCAUACGGGUACGGCGGCAACGCGGGACCAGCCCUGACUUCAAACAUGAACAUUCAACCCCAACCACCCCAGCAACAACCCUACGACGUAUCAGCUGACUACGUUGACUCUACAACUGCCUACGAGCCAAAACAAACUGGAGGAUUCUUGGACACUGACUUCAUAGGACCUGACGAGCAACAAAAAAGCACCAUAGUCCGACCAUCAGGUUCCACGUCAACCGCAACGGCAACCACAUCGACAACCACCCUCCGACAGUCAGCCAUAGAAAUGCCGAGGCCCAGAAUACAGGAAUUCGACAGAUACGAGGAAAGGAUUCAGUCACCUGCUUCUAUAUCGAGCGGUGUCAUUAAUAUCAAGCAGGAAAUAAAACCGGAAACUUCUAUGGGGGUUGACAACUUGGUUGCCAGUUAUGUGGACUCGACAACCUUCUUACACAGUCCUUCGAACAUCCAACACAGUCCCAUGGACAUACAGAAUACCGUGCUUGUCUCUGGGCAGAGUUCUGUCUCUUUGACAAGCGAGGAAUUAAGUCCUGAUGACUUAACGUCGAGUAGUGGACACGGGCGGUUAAUGGAUCCAAUACCUAUGAAUAUACCUCCCAUGGGGAUGGUUAACCCCAACGCAGUCACUAAUAGAAGAAACCAGGGCUCAAGUCAUAGUGGGUCGUCCAGCUCAGAAGACCUGCCUUCGGAAGGCGACAUCAGCAAAGUACUGGUGAAGAGUUUGGCAGAGGCGCACGCAAACACCAACCCGAAGCUGGAAUACGUCCACGAGAUGUUUAGAAAACCACCAGAUGUCUCUAAACUUUUAUUUUACAACUCGAUGACUUAUGAAGAGAUGUGGCUAGAUUGUGCGGACAAGCUGACAGGGAUGAUACAAAAUAUUAUAGAGUUCGCGAAGCUGAUACCAGGCUUCAUGAAACUCACCCAAGAUGACCAGAUACUGCUGCUCAAAUCAGGUUCAUUCGAGUUGGCAAUAGUACGUCUGUCGCGGCUGAUCGAUGUAAACCGCGAACAAGUGCUAUACGGCGAUGUCGUAUUGCCGAUACGAGAGUGUGUGCAUGCACGCGACCCCCGGGAUAUGUCACUUGUGGUCGGCAUAUUCGACGCCGCGAAGACAAUUGCGCGACUCAAACUGACUGAGACUGAGUUGGCUUUGUAUCAAAGUCUUGUGUUGUUGUGGCCAGAACGGCAUGGAGUUCGUGGUAAUCCCGAGAUCCAGUGUCUAUUCAACAUGUCGAUGGCGGCCAUGCGUCAUGAGAUUGAAUCUAACCACGCGCCUCUCAAAGGCGACGUGACAGUGCUGGACACUCUGCUUGCGAAAAUACCCACCUUCAGAGAACUUUCGCUCAUGCAUUUGGAGGCGUUAUGCCGCUUCAAAGCGGCACAUCCACACCAUGUAUUCCCAGCACUCUACAAAGAACUGUUCUCCUUAGACAGUGUACUAGAUUAUACACACGGAUAAUUUCGCCAAAUUAUUCCAUGGGUUAUAUCCUUUGUUGGGGUUAGUACGAUCUCAUUUUUGCCUACAAAAUCUGGAGAGGGCAGCAGUGAGGCCGACCUUUGUUUAAAGACUUGACAGCUAUGUAUUUUUUAUUUGAUUCCUUUGAACUGUGGACACCUAAAACGUUAUUUGUUAACCUAUUUAUAAUUGUAUGUAUGUACUUUGAGACUGUUAUAAUGAUAUUUUACGUAUAGGUACGUACGUACAAUAUUAAUAUUUAAAUGUUUAUUUAAUUUUGAAUCUAGGAACAUUUUAGGUGUCCACAGUUCACGUGUAAUGUCAGAUGGUAUUAUAUUUUUUGUUGUGGUUUUAUUUUUCAUAACAAAAUGUAGAUUAUGGGAAUAUAUGAAACCUGAUUUUGUGAGCUUUAUAUAAAUACAUAAUAAUGCAUAUAUGUUUUGUUGUGUGUUUGUAUAUAGAGACGUAUCGUAAUAUAAUUAUCAUAAAUGUGUAACUUUUAUGAGAAAGUAAGAAUUAUAUAUAAAAAUAAUAAUAGUAAUAGAGUUUUUAUUAAGAAAUGAAUAAAGAAGUUAUAACGAUAUAGAGUCGUAAUGAUCACACUACAGUUUUUUUUUCUAAACAGAACUGUAAUUAUUAGUCCUUAAUUAUUUUUUAACAAUUUUUUUUUAAAGAAUAUUGUAAUUUGUUAUUUAUUUCAAAUGAUUAUUAUUAUUGAUGUUUUUUUCUCUUCAACAUAGAUAAUAUAAGUUGUAAUAUAGGAUACACAAUACUGCCCAUUUAAUUAUAUAUUUUAUUUUUCGUUGGCUUGAACAAGUAAAGCGAUGAAAAACUUGAAGAUAUAAUAACGUAAUAUAACCUAAUAAUAAGAUGGAUUAUAACGUAUUAUUGUACGGUGCAUUGAACAAAAUUGCAGUCGAACAUUAUAUUAUUAUUAUUAUAAUAAUAAAAGAUAUAUAAACAAUCAAAUUUGUACCGAUCAAAUUCAUUUUGUAUACUGUUUUAGCAGGCAAUUUACAUUUUUUCUUAGAAUAAAUUUGAUCUCAUUUUUUUGCACGUUCUUCGCUUUGGUGCCAUGUUCGGAAUUUAUUCACAAUUUUAUUGCAUAAUACACGAGAUGUUAUGCCACAACAAUGCAUAAUAAUAAUUCUAUAACUGAUUAUUGAAGUACAUUUUUUACAAUAAUAUAUAUAUAUAUUUUAAUAAUACGUAAAUAAUAUUAUUUACAGUUUUUAAGCUUUACGCUCUUUUAUGUACGUAUCACGGACGAAUGUUUGAUUAUUAGAAGAUCCCUCUUAAUUUUUUUUAUAUUAAAAUUGCCUGCUACGUCUAUUAGAAUUAUUAACCAUCAAUUUUUCUAACAAUUACGCUAAGUUUUGUCGAAUAGCCUUUUACUAUAGACUGGUUUAUAUUAAUAUUAAAAAAAAGUAUAAAUCUUAACUCGUAUUUUGUAAAUAGUUAUUAAUCAUAUGUAUUUUAUAUUAAAUAUCAUUAUAAGGUUCAAUGGGUUAAUUUUAAUUUUACAUUCUAUUAAAAAAAAAGUGAAAAACAAAUUUUCCACAAUGACCUGCCGGGAUGUCGCGUCUUGAACGAUCUUGUGAAAGUGUUGUUUUUUGUCUUUCUAUAUAUUAUAUAUUUUUUGUUAAAUAAAGCAAUCUGUUAUUGUCUAUUUCUUUUUGGUUUUAUUUUUUUUUCAUUUUUAAUGCGUUCCUUAUCGUAUAUAUUAUUAUUUUUUUAUUUCCUCUAUUUGAGCACCAUAUUUUUUUAUUUACAAGAAUAUUUAAUAUAGUUAUAAUCAUACAUAAAUAGUGAGAUACAUAAUAGUAUAAAAAUAUACGGGUGAUUCAAUAUAUUAUUUUUAAACACAGUAUAUAUAUCUACAAAUAUAUAGUCCCAUUGUUUUAUUGAUAUUGUUAUGAAAAAAAAUAUAUAAAACGUAUAUUCAAGUGAUUUUAAUGAAUGUAACUUUUCCACUGAGCGACAUUUAAACCAUUUUAUUUUAAAUAUAAGAUUAUAGGCGCACAUUAGACGAAUUAGCGAAGUAUUUAUUUAGCUUAAUAAUGGGAUUUGUCCAAUUUUUUCAAUACAAAAUUAAUUUAAAACGUACCUUAAGAUAUACGAAGAAUUACAUUAUUUAUCAGUCAUCAGUUUUUCGUCUACACCACUGUUGAUCAUAUAUACUAUAUUAUACAUUAUACAAAGAGUUAUUUGUUUAUACAUUAUAUUAUAUACCGAAUUAUAUUAUUAGUACUAUACAUGAACAUAUUUUUAUUUGUAUUGAUUGGAUAUUUCCCAUUAAAUAUUUACUUUAUACUUGAUAAAUAAACGUUCUAGAGCACUAAGACUGAAAAUUCGGCUAAAAUCAUUAAUAACACAAUAAAAUAUAGUAUCUCGUUAUCAGCACUAGUUAUUAAGUCUGAACUCAUUAUGAUCUUAUACUCUUAGAUAUAAAAUUUAAUAUUUUUGCUUAAUAAUGCAACUCCCUCAAAUUAAUUCCACUUGUCCUUGAAAUUAUUAAUAUUUUAUAUUCGUUUUGUACAGUAUUAGAAAUUGUACAAAACAAAGGGUAACAUUCUAUACUUAUAUAAAGAGACAGUAUUUGUCAAUAUGAUAUAUGUUUCCUUCCAAGAGAUUCUGAAAUAAGGAAUUUAAAACAAAAUAAAAUAUUUGUUUAAUAAAUAAAUUAUUU